AUGGCACGUUAUACAGAAUUCUCAGUAUAUUUAACUGUAGCUAUCGAUCAAGUUUGUUCUUCUCAAUAUAAGGAAAUGUUUGAAAUCGUUGCUAAAGAUCCACCAGAUGACUUCACAACAAUUCAACGCGCUCUGCUUCGUGAUUACCCAAAUUUGAUCACAUGGUAUGACGGUGAUCAACGUCAGAAGAUAAUAGAAAAAAUACGACGUUGUCAUUUAAAGUGGUUUGAUAAUUGGCUUACUCAAUACAAUACAGGUCGACCACCAUACAUUAAAUGGAAAUCAACUAUGGUAACAGUUGUGUUACAUCUUACAAAUUCAUUAUUUCGAUUAGAUAUGGGCGAUGGUAUUACUAGUGAUGAAUCAUAUAAAGAAUUUCAACAGAUCGCUGACACUAUCAAACAUAUUUUAGUUUCUGUUAAUGAAUCGAAUCCAAUAAGCAUUGAUGAAAAUGCUAUGCCGUUUGUUCAUAUGCUUCUUCAGAUUCUUUUCUAUUUCAGUGUUGAUAAUGAUUUGGCUGUUUAUCUUAAAAGUCUUGAGUUAGUCAAUCUUAUGAACGACUUAUUACGUACAUCAAACAAUGACAAUGAGGUGUCUUUACAUGCCUACCGAAUUCUUGCAGUUAUUUUGGCAGAAGAGGAUUUAAAACAACUACAAAAUUCGGAUAGAAUUGCGACUGUAUUUAUAGAUUUCAUCAAAGAUACAAUAAACGGUGGUAUUUCUCAUGAAAGUCGCUUGCACAAUAUUCUUCGAAGUCUUAAAGUUUUGGUACAACAUGAACAAAUUCGUGAAGAAUUAAUCAAACAAAAUGGUCCGUCGUUUUUUCUUCGUUGUGUAAUAGAAGAGGAAUUCAACUUACUCAAAGCUAAACUUCCUGCACUUGAAAUUAUUCUUGCCUUAGCAUUCAAUAAAGAUUUCUCUAUACUAUUAAAAGAUAAUAUUAACUUUAUGAAUUGUAUUCGACAAUUGGCUUCAUCUUCCGAACAGGCGGUACAACGAGUGGCUACUGCAUUAAUAUGGAAAUUAGAAAAAGAUACCGAGAUUGUUGGAAAGAAAAUUGAAGAUCAACCAUCUGUAUCUUCGGAAACGAUAACUUCUAGAAAGCAGUACGAUAUCAUGAUAAGUUAUUCACACAAUGACAAAGAACUUUGUCAUGAAAUUCUCAAAAGUUUAGAAAAAGACAAUUUCAAAGUUUGGAUCGAUUCCCGUUUAAUGCAUGGUGCUACAUUUGAUGCAAUGGCUAAAGCAAUUGAAAAUUCAGAAUUUAUCUUUGUUUGCAUGUCUGAUACUUACAAACAAAGUUCAUUUUGUGAAAUGGAGGCGAGUUAUGCAAUUAAACGUCAAUGUCGAAUCAUUCCAUUAGUAAUGAAACCGAAUUAUAAAGCUGAUGGAUGGCUUGGAAGCUUAUGA